GGGGUCGGCGGGCUCUCCUGGAGUCUCUGAGACAAUGUUGGUGGCUCUUUCCGACAGCCUAGGAUGGUUGGCGAGAUCGGCGCGUGCGCCGCAGGGAAUUUUGGACCGUCUGAUCUGGAUCGGCCAAGCGGGCGUCAAGAUUGCGAUGAUGGAGAGCACAUUCUUGUCGCCAGAGCUUCACAGCAUGCUCGAAUUUCGUUCGAGGGGCGAGCGGAUCGCCACCGUCAAUUGCUGGGCUGCUGUGCUGCAGAACGCUGCAUGGUUAGGAAUCAAGCUUGUCGAGGGUGCGCUUGGUCUYGUCUGGGAACUGGAAAACAAUGGUCAAGGCGGAGAAGAGAAGCGCCCGCACCUGACCGCCAUGCUGAACAAGUGCAUUGUGAUGGCAGUAAGGGUGCAGAGGACAGCUCACCACAUGCGAACACACUUGAAAGCAACGACAGCCGACUUGGCGGAGGUUCUGAGAGUAUUUGGCGAGGGGCUGUUUGUCCUUGCGCAGAAAGAAAGGGAUAUGCAACAGGUGGAGGAGGAGGAGGAGGAGGAAAGGAGGCAACAAAGGGGGAGUCGGUUGGAUUUCCGAAAGCGCCAAGAGGAAGAACCCCCAGGACGACACGAAAGAAGAGUAGACCUAACUGAAAGACAAGCAGCGGGCAUGAAACAGCAAGUGGAAGAGGAAAGACAUCGAAGAGGGAGUGGGACCGAGUUCCGGAAGCGCCGACAAGGAGAAAUGACAGAAGGAAGGCAAAGCACAGGUCAAACGGCAAGGAAACAAGUGGGAAAAGAAUGGAUGGAGGGGAAGGAACCCAAGACUGGGCAGUGGAGAAAAGAGUGGGGGGAGAGUGAACGGGAAGGGAAGUCGAGUCUGAAGCGCAGAAGGGUUGGCAGUGGAAUGCUGGACACCAUUCCCGCAAACCUGGAGGAAGAGCCAGCAGUGAAAACAUCAGGGCGAAGCGUCCAAGAACAUGGUGUCGCGGUUUUCUGCCAGCAGCAGAAGGUCCCAGGGGCGAAGACGUCAGGAGUCGAAGAAGACGCGGCCAUUAUCAGCCGCGUGCACCGCGGUGCGAAAAUGCCUUGCCACCAGGGGUUGAGUUGUGUUGUCGCCGAAAAACACGAGUGUAAAACAGUCCGUAAAAGAGCCGUUGUAAGUACUUCCGUUUCCUUUUCUGGUCAUUUAAAUGGACCAUCUCAGCAAUGGGAUGCUGUUGGAGCUACUGCAGAUCACAUUGCAGCAUCAUCGAUAGUGUCUGCCCCUGUUUCCAUGCGUGUUAAAGAAGCUGGGCAAGAAGCUGGGCAAGAAGGACUAGCUCCGGCUGCUGCUGCUCGACGGCAGAAGUGUACAGGAGAGUUGGCAGCAGCACUGCCAAGGCUUUCACAGACCGUUUCUGUCCGUGCGGAAGAUCAGCGAGCUGGGUGGCGAGGUGCAACCGUACAAACAGCAUCGACUCCAGUAGGCUGUGUGGAUGCCAGUACAAGGAUAGGGGGACGCGGUCAGGGGUCGAGUGUUGCACAAGCCGAUAGGCCACAUUGUAAAGUCCUUGGUGCUUCAAACAAGACAGAUGGACUGGGUCAAGGGGGAUCAGGAGAUGCAAGAUCAGACCAGCAACAGGCUGCAGUGAAACAAACAGCAUCCUCUGGAAUGAGCAUUCCUCCCAUUGUGGAAGCUCCGCUUCGGAGGUUGCAUAGUUCGGCAACGAAUGGGGAGCCACUUCGGAGAUUACAUAUUUCAGCGACCAAUUUGGAGCAUGGCUCAUCGAGGGAUGUUGUGGGCGGUUUGGGAAAACGUGUUCAUGGAUCGAGUCUGCCACGAACUGCCAGCUGCUACGGACAAGCAGCUACAGCCGCACAGAGGACAGAUCAGCUGGUGAAGAGGGCGGGUGAAAGGACUGCAGCCGAGAAUGAUCGUUUGGAAWAUGCCGCAAGUUUUGCCAGAUCCAAACCGCCAGAACCCCAUGUAUCGAGGACUUAUAGUAGACCMCAAUUACGGCAAUCGGACCUGGGACGGAAGAGYGACAUUGCUGCGAACAUCUGCAGUMAGCUUCCAGUGGAAGAAGAGAAGGAGAAGGACGACGACCCCAUGGCGCGGUCGCAGUGCGUCGCCGUGAAGGCGCAUGUCAUUCCCGUCCGCAAUCAAUCCCUGUYGAGCAGUGUUGAAUUCAUCGAACAAAGAACGUGGAAACGRACCGCUGAARWAUGGAAASAAGGAAAGAAGGAUCGUAAGGCAUGGYGUGAGCAGGCAGAGGUUGGGAAGACAAAAACAGCAGGGGUGGUUGAUGCAAUGCGCUUUCGGAAUCAAGACAAGAAGGGAGGGACAGAGAGCAACAAAGGCGGAGCAAUUGGCGAUGCCGAAGCAAAAUACAAGACCGCUCUUGGGGGGCGGUAUGCCCCGCAUACUGGGGGCRAAAAUGCGCCGAYCAAUGUCAGUGCCUCAUCUCAGAUUCAAGGAAACAAAGAUCGAGCAGAGUUAUCGGAGGUGAGACUCGAUUGGAGAAGGAAAAAUUGUUGCAAUCAAGAAGAAGAUGACAGUGAUCAGGAUGCGGGACGGGGCGAGAGGAAGAAGGAGAGCACGGAGCAAUUGACUGGAAGGAGAGGGAGUACAUGUAUCACAGAAGAGAGAAGUGGUUGCCUAGAGGCAAAAGAGCCACCUUAUCAAGAUGGCGAUACCGAUGCUGAAAACCAGGGACCUGUAGUAUUGGAUGGGAGGGGACUGGGUUACCGGAAUAAGCAAAUGAGCAGUGCCCGUACCUCGGCGAAGCAGCAGAAACAAGCAGUUUCAUCGGAGACUCAACUGUGGACUAACGUGGUGAUGCAGUCCAAUUCGUGCUCUCGGACUGGGAAGAAAGAGGUGGUCAGUGGAGUUGAACAUGUGAAUAUUGGCUGGGCCAGAGGCAACCAUCAUGACUGGUGUUGGACCGAGCAGGGUGGGGGCAUGACACAUAAGGGCAGGAAAAGCAGCACGCUCAGGAGAACGGGGGCUGAAAAUGGGUUGCGGCCCCGUUCGGAUCACAAGAAGACGAGGAAGCCUGGACAGACAGACGGCAGGAUGACGUCUCGAGAGGAAAUUGCAACAAAUCAGCAUGUGAUUGCAGAGAGGGACCCGUCUGCACAAGCAGUGCCCGCGAGCGGCAAUCCCUUCGUCAAGGCUGCAAUUAAGGAACAGAUAAAGAACGGGGAGUACGAUGGGGAUGACUAUUCUGACCUAGCCAAUUUCGUAGUCUGCAAGCCUGGCCGGGACUACGACGAGUUCCUUAGUAAUUACUCUCCUAUCCUUCCGAUUCGGCCGCGAAAAGCACUUGGCAGCGCAAAUUAUCAUGCUGAAGAUAACGGGUCCGGCGAAAAUGAGGAUGAGGCUUAUGAAGUCGAAGGCGGGUCAGAGGACUGUGAAUCUAGUGAGGCUUACGAAGUGGAAGAUGAGUCGACAGAUUGGAAAUCUUGCGGAGAUGGGGGCAAAGUGUACAAAGUUGAAGAUGAGAAUCAUGAAGAGGAAGAUUCAGAAAUAGGCGGUUGCUCAGAGAACGAUAACUUGAACGAGUACAGUGAUGACGAGGAGGAGGAAGAAGAAAAUGAAGCGGCAGGAGUCCCAAGCUGUCGUAAAGAUUCGGGGAGUAGGAUAGUAGACAUGCACAAGAAAGGCGGCGAAAAGGCAGAAGACACAGAAGAUGGGGACCAGUUGGACAGCGGAGAGGUGGAAGAGGUGGAAGAGGUGGAAGAGGUGGAAGAGGCGGAAGAGGCGGAAGAGGAAGAAAGUGACGAGGAUGUAGAACCAGUUGAGGAAGAGGUGGAGCAAGACGACGAUGUGGAGGAGGAGGAGGAGGAAGAGGAGGAAGAGGAGGAGGAGGAGGAGGAGGAGGAGGAGGAGGAGGUAUUGGAAGAGGAAGAGGAGGAAGUGGAGGCGAAGACGAGGGCCACAAAGAAGAAAGCUAGUAGAGAGGGAAGAGAGGGAGUGGAGGUGGAAAAGACCGCCUUCAUGACAAAGGCUUUGCAAAAGCUUGUAAAGGAGAAAAUGGCGGCGGAAAUGAAGGCUUUGGGAAAGAAUGAUGAUUUGAAAAGGCAAGGGGAGAAGGUGGAGGGGGUGACCAGAGGCCAGGAUAAACGUGUGGAGAGGCAGACAAGGGCUCCAAGCAAGAAAUCUAUACRGAGGGAAACGGAGCAAUCAGAGGUGAAAAUGAAAGGCUUGCCAGCAAAAGCUUCAGAAAUAAAGAAGGAGACAUCAGCGGUGAGCAGAGGACGCCACGAGGAUGCCGAGGGGAAAUCAAGCACUCUGACGAAGAAAGAUAAAUCUAAAGAAAAGGAGAGAGUGGAGGUAAAAAUGGGGGCCUUGACGAAGAAAGCUGUGGAAAUAAAGGAAGAGGAGGAAACGGAAGCUUCAGAGAAGAACGCAGUGACGAGAACAAGGGCCACCGCAAAGAUGAAACUGCCAAAAGAAAAGGAGAGAUUGGGAGUUAAAAUGAAGGAGGUGGAAAUGAAGGCCUUAAGAAAGAAAGCUGUGAAGAAGGAAGAGGAGGAAGCGGAAGCGGAAGCGGAAGCGGAAGCGGAAGCGGAAACGGAAACGGAAAUGAAAAUAAAGAAUUUGGAGAAGAAUGUUAAGAGACGAAAGGCGGAGGUGGUGUUGACAACGGAGAGGAAGACGAGAGCUGCAAAGAAGAAAGCUGCAGAGGAAGAACAGGAGAGAGAGAAAACGACUGCAUUUAUAAGGAAAGGUUCAAGAAAGGAAAAGGAGGCAGAAAUAAGGUCAGGUACAAGGGAUUUGGAAGACGAAGUUAUGGGAAUGGGAGAGGAGGUGAAAGGGGAGGCAAAGACUCUGAGAAAGAAAAAGGGGAAAGAGGAGAAAGUGGGGGUCAAGGUUCCGAAGAGGGGGAAAAAGGAGAAAGAAAAGAAAGUGGAGGUGAAGCAGCACCAACAACCCUUACGAUUACAAACUGAUGAUGAUGAUGAUGAUGAUGAUGAUGAUGAUAAUGAUGAUGGUGAUACCGGUAAUGAUGAUGAUGAUGAUGAUGAUGAUGAUGAUGAUGAUGAUGAUGACGAUGAUGAUGAAGAUGAUGAUGAUGAUGAUGAUGAUGAUGAUGAUGAUGAUGAUGAUGAUUUUGAUGACGCACAGUACCUCACAAGCUGCACGGGAGAAGGUGCACUGCUUGACAGACACGAGUACGGAUGUAGCUAUGACGGAUGGGUAGACACAGAGAAGGGACCGGUGGGCAAUGGAAAGGACGAGGGGAACAAGAAGAAGAAGAUGUUGACGCUGAUGACCGAUGGUGAUGGCGAUGAUGAUGAUGAUGAUGAUGAUGAUGAUGAUGAUGAUGACGAUGCUGCUGCUGCUGCUGCUGAUGAUGAUGAUGAUGAUGAUGAUGAUGAUGAUGAUGGUGAUGAUGAUGAUGAUGGUUUAAUCGUCGUGUGCGGGUUGGUGGGGUCGUUGAGUGCCUUGUUGUACUUGGGCAUUCUGCUCGCCAAUCUUGUGAUUGCAUUAUUUGCGCUGGUGGCAAUUGAGAGUGGGAUCCAGCAGCUUGGCAGGGCUUAUGUGGGAUUCCUAUCCUGUAUGCUGCUCCUGGCUGUGAUCUGGUUGAUGGCCUUCUCAUCAGAGAUCAGUGUUAUUUGGCCCACUGUCUGCUGCCCAGGAGCUUUGUCGAUACAAUGUGAGGACAGCGUGGAAGAAGUGGAGUGUGGAGUGUGGAGUGUCAUUGGAUGUACCGGGCUGAUCUUGACGAUGGUCCUCUGCUCCCGUCCAGCUUGCAAGGGCGAGGGUUCGGCAGGUCCUCCAGGGGUUCUGCAUGGUUCAAAAGCUGUUCCAGAAAGGGAAAACAGGUACACAGAUGUGCGCGGAGAACACUCGUUUUCGGACGUCGACGAAGUUUGCACGUGGCUGGUGCGACUGACGUCAGAUAGGAACCCUGCCAAAGGUGGGCGGUUGCACUCUUCGGAUGCAGCAGCUUUGGCGGCAUUACUGCGAAGGUAUCACUGUGAUGAAUAUGACAAAAUUUGGCAGGUGGUCGAAGAGUCGAGUGUGUCGUCCUUGGGCACCAACCAUGUGCUUCUCCGAGAUACGCUUGAUGACCCCGGACGGAUAGGGGGGUCGGCGGGCUCUCCUGGAGUCUCUGAGACAAUGUUGGUGGCUCUUUCCGACAGCCUAGGAUGGUUGGCGAGAUCGGCGCGUGCGCCGCAGGGAAUUUUGGACCGUCUGAUCUGGAUCGGCCAAGCGGGCGUCAAGAUUGCGAUGAUGGAGAGCACAUUCUUGUCGCCAGAGCUUCACAGCAUGCUCGAAUYUCGUUCGAGGGGCGAGCGGAUCGCCACCGUCAAUUGCUGGGCUGCUGUGCUGCAGAACGCUGCAUGGUUAGGAAUCAAGCUUGUCGAGGGUGCGCUUGGUCUYGUCUGGGAACUGGAAAACAAUGGUCAAGGCGGAGAAGAGAAGCGCCCGCACCUGACCGCCAUGCUGAACAAGUGCAUUGUGAUGGCAGUAAGGGUGCAGAGGACAGCUCACCACAUGCGAACACACUUGAAAGCAACGACAGCCGACUUGGCGGAGGUUCUGAGAGUAUUUGGCGAGGGGCUGUCUGUCCUUGCGCAGAAAGAAAGGGAUAUGCAACAGGAGGAGGAGGAGGAGGAGGAGGAGGAAAGGAGGCAACAAAGGGGGAGUGGAUUGGAUUUCCGAAAGCGCCAAGAGGAAGAACCCGCAGGACGACACGAAAGAAGAGCAGACCUAACUGAAAGACAAGCAGCGGCCAUGAAACAGCAAGUGGAAGAGGAAAGACAUCGAAGAGGGAGUGGGACCGAGUUCCGGAAGCGCCGACAAGGAGAAAUGACAGAAGGAAGGCAAAGCACAGGUCAAACUGCAAGGAAACAAGUGGGAAAAGAAUGGAUGGAGGGGGAGGAACCCAAGACUGGGCAGUGGAGAAAAGAGUGGGGGGAGAGUGAAAGGGAAGGGAAGUCGAGUCUGAAGCGCAGAAGGGUUGGCAGUGGAAUGCUGGACACCAUUCCCGCAAACCUGGAGGAAGAGCCAGCAGUGAAAACAUCAGGGCGAAGCGUCCAAGAACAUGGUGUCGUGUUUUUCUGCCAGCAGCAGAAGGUCCCAGGGGCGAAGGCGGCAGGAGUCGAAGAAGACGCGGCCAUUAUCAGCCGAUUGCACCGCGGUGCAAAAAUGCCUUGCCACCAGGGGUUGAGUUGUGUUGUCGCCGAAAAACGCGAGUGUAAAACAGUCCGUAAAAGAGCMGUUGUAAGUACUUCCGUUUCCUUUUCUGGKCAUUUAAAUGGACCAUCUCAGCAAUGGGAUGCUGUUGGAGCUACUGCAGAUCACAUUGCAGCAUCAUCGAUAGUGUCUGCCCCUGUUUCCAUGCGUGUUAAAGAAGCUGGGCAAGAAGCUGGGCAAGAAGCUGGGCAAGAAGGACUAGCUCCGGCUGCUGCUGCUCGACGGCAGAAGUGUACAGGAGAGCUGGCAGCAGCACUGCCAAGGCUUUCACAGACCGUUUCUGUCCGUGCGGAAGAUCCGCGAGCUGGGUGGCGAGGUGCAACCGUACAAACAGCAUCGACUCCAGUAGGCUGUGUGGAUGCCAGUACAAGCAUACGGGGACGUGGUCAGGGGUCGAGUGUUGCACAAGCCGAUAGGCGACAAUGUAAAGUCCUUGGUGCUUCAAACAAGACAGAUGGACUGGGUCAAGGGGGAUCAGGAGAUGCAAGAUCAGACCAGCAACAGGCUGCAGUGAAACAAACAGCAUCCUCUGGAAUGAGCAUUCCUCCCAUUGUGGAAGCUCCGCUUCGGAGGUUGCAUAGUUCGGCAACGAAUGGGGAGCCACUUCRGAGAUUACAUAKUUCRGCRACCAAUUUGGAGCAUGGCUCAUCGAGKGAUGUUGUGGGCGGUUUGGKAAAACSUGUUCAUGGAUCGAGUCUGCCACGAACUGCCAGCUGCUACGGACAAGCAGCKACAGCCGCACAGAGGACAGGUAUGACYGCAUCUGUCUGUGCAGAAGCACGUGGACAGGAGUCGCGUGCUGCGACAGCUGAUUGGCAGCAGGGUUCAGCAGACCUAAAAUUACAAACACGCAUGGAGCAACRUGGGUGGGGGUGGAAUGCUGCACAAGGCAAUUUGCCUURCGUUGGUGGCGUCCAUACCCAUAUGAAAGAACCCGAUGAUCGCGUCCGCGCUUGGCGAUGUGAGGCAGAACUGAGGAACGCCAAUGACCGCUGCUUCGGAUCCCGAGGCGGUGCUGGUACCUCAUCAAAUGUGUUUGGCAGUGGAGGGGACGAUCAKAGAGCUGUCCUUGGRAGUCGUGAGAAGCCAGUGGCAAUCUGCAGCAUAAGCCCAUCACACGAUGAGCACUGGAAGCCAAGAAACUCCACAGAGGCCAGAAAUGCUGUAGAUCAGCUGGUGAAGAGGGCGGGUGAAAGGACUGCAGCCGAGAAUGAUCGUUUGGAAWAUGCCGCAAGUUUUGCCAGAUCCAAACCGCCAGAACCCCAUGUAUCGAGGACUUAUAGUAGACCMCAAUUACGGCAAUCGGACCUGGGACGGAAGAGYGACAUUGCUGCGAACAUCUGCAGUMAGCUUCCAGUGGAAGAAGAGAAGGAGAAGGACGACGACCCCAUGGCGCGGUCGCAGUGCGUCGCCGUGAAGGCGCAUGUCAUUCCCGUCCGCAAUCAAUCCCUGUYGAGCAGUGUUGAAUUCAUCGAACAAAGAACGUGGAAACGRACCGCUGAARWAUGGAAASAAGGAAAGAAGGAUCGUAAGGCAUGGYGUGAGCAGGCAGAGGUUGGGAAGACAAAAACAGCAGGGGUGGUUGAUGCAAUGCGCUUUCGGAAUCAAGACAAGAAGGGAGGGACAGAGAGCAACAAAGGCGGAGCAAUUGGCGAUGCCGAAGCAAAAUACAAGACCGCUCUUGGGGGGCGGUAUGCCCCGCAUACUGGGGGCRAAAAUGCGCCGAYCAAUGUCAGUGCCUCAUCUCAGAUUCAAGGAAACAAAGAUCGAGCAGAGUUAUCGGAGGUGAGACUCGAUUGGAGAAGGAAAAAUUGUUGCAAUCAAGAAGAAGAUGACAGUGAUCAGGAUGCGGGACGGGGCGAGAGGAAGAAGGAGAGCACGGAGCAAUUGACUGGAAGGAGAGGGAGUACAUGUAUCACAGAAGAGAGAAGUGGUUGCCUAGAGGCAAAAGAGCCACCUUAUCAAGAUGGCGAUACCGAUGCUGAAAACCAGGGACCUGUAGUAUUGGAUGGGAGGGGACUGGGUUACCGGAAUAAGCAAAUGAGCAGUGCCCGUACCUCGGCGAAGCAGCAGAAACAAGCAGUUUCAUCGGAGACUCAACUGUGGACUAACGUGGUGAUGCAGUCCAAUUCGUGCUCUCGGACUGGGAAGAAAGAGGUGGUCAGUGGAGUUGAACAUGUGAAUAUUGGCUGGGCCAGAGGCAACCAUCAUGACUGGUGUAAAUCGCAUGGAAGUCGUGAUUGUAGUAUGUUGUGCGCCUCGGAGGGAACAGGCGUAACACAGCUUUUGAAAGGAGAAGAUAGGUCACAAGUGGACAUGUGCAGACAAGCAGUGACAGCAGGUUGGACCGAGCAGGGUGGGGGCAUGACACAUAAGGAGAGAGAAAGCAGGACGUUCAGGAGAACGGGGGCUGAAAAUGGGUUGCGGCCCCGUUCGGAUCACAAGAAGACGAGGAAGCCUGGACUGACAGACGGCAGGAUGACGUCUCGAGAGGAAAUUGCAAGAAAUCAGCAUGUGAUUGCAGAGAGGGACCCGUCUGGACAAGCAGUGCCCGCGAGCGGCAAUCCCUUCGUCAAGGCUGCAAUUAAGGAACAGAUAAAGAACGGGGAGUACGAUGGGGAUGACUAUUCUGACCUAGCCGAUUUCGUAGUCUGCAAGCCUGGCCGGGACUACGACGAGUUCCUUAGUAAUUACACUCCUAUCCUUCCGAUUCGGCCGCGAAAAACACUUGGCAGCGCAAAUUAUCAUGCUGAAGAUAACGAGUCCGGCGAAAAUGAGGAUGAGGCUUAUGAAGUCGAAGGCGGGUCAGCGGACUGCCAAUCUAGUGAGGCUUACGAAGUGGAAGAUGAGUCGACAGAUUGGGAAUCUUGCGGAGAUGGGGGCAAAGUGUACAAAGUUGAAGAUGAGAAUCAUGAAGAGGAAGAUUCAGAAAUAGGCGGUUGGUCAGAGAACGAUAACUUGAACGAGUACAGUGAUGACGAGGAGGAGGAAGAAGAAAAUGAAGCGGCAGGAGUCCCAAGCUGUCGUAAAGAUUCGGGGAGUAGGAUAGCAGACAUGCACAAGAAAGAUGGGGACCAGUUGGACAGCGGAGAGGUGGAAGAGGUGGAAGAGGCGGAAGAGGAAGAAAGUGAUGAGGAUAGGGAUGGCUCGGGAUGGGGAGUGCACCCGAGGCCAGUUGCCCUCUGCUAUUUUCAUCUAAUUCUCUGCUAUGUUGAUCCGGUCAACAAGCCAGUUUAUUUCCCCCGUCGAUAUGUGGAGGAAAACGACCGCCGAUCGAAAAAGAUUGUGAAGAGCAGCAAGAUCAAUUUAAAGGAGAUAGUGAGCGGUCUGGAUCCGACUAAGUUCCUCUCUGCCGGUGACUGGGUGAAAAAGGUCCUGACCAUGACCGAGGACGAGGUCAUAAGCUUGGCCGGCCUGGACUCCGCCAUCUUCCUCCGCGUGUUCACCUUCGGCCUCAAGCUUUUCAUUCCAAUUUGUGUCUUUGGCAUCUUCGUCCUUAUUCCCGUAAAUGUCACCGACAAAUCGUAUCGUGCUGUUGACCUGAAAUAUCUUGACACGUUGAGCAUGGCCAAUGUGUCUAAGCGCUCUGACAGGUUAGUUGCGCAUAUGUUCUUCGCCUGGAUCUUCUCUCUGUGGACCUAUUACAGGUUAUAUAAGGAGUACAGCGAGGUAACUGAGCUGCGGUUCAAAGCCAUAGCCAGCUCCAAACGUGCCCCGGACCAGUUCACAGUCCUGGUGAGACAGGUACCGGAGAGCCCCAGCGAAAACGUCAGCGUUCACGUCGAACACUUCUUCCGUGUCAAUCAUCCCAACACGUAUUUGUCGCACAAUGUGGUGUACGCCACAAGGAACCUGGACAGCAUGGUCGCGAAUCGACAAAAACUUACAGACGACUUGUCGUUUGCCGAGCUGAGGUACGAGAAGAAACCGACGCGUCGUCCCACUCGCAAGAUCGGCUUCCUCUGCUGGGGCAAACGGGUCGACACCAUAGACUGGUGCCGAGAGGAACUGAAGAAGCUGAACGGCGAGAUUGCCGAGGAGCUGAAGCACAUCACGACCAACGAGAGCUUCAUCAUGCCGGCCGCCUUCGUGUCUUUCAGAUCCCGAUAUGGUGCUGCCAUAGCUGCUCAGACUCAGCAGUCCAAGAACCCUCUUGUCUGGUUGACCGAGUGGGCCCCCGAGCCUCGAGAUGUCUACUGGCCCAAUCUCUCCAUCGACUACAUGCAGCUCACCGGCCGCAUUUGGGUCAUGAGGGUCCUCCUCUUUGGCCUUGUCUUUUUCUACCUUAUCCCCAUCGGUUUCGUCCAAUCAUUAGCCAAUCUUGAAAGCUUGAACGAGAAGGUUCCCUUCUUCCGACAUAUCACCAACCUCCCUGUGGUUAACCAGGUCUUGACGGACUUUCUCCCAGGUUUGGCGUUGAAAAUCUUUCUUGCCAUCCUGCCCUCCCUGUUGAUGGCCAUGUCGACGUUCCAGGGGUACGUGUCGAACAGCGGAAUCCAGAGAUCGGCAGCGGAGAUGUACUAUUACUUUAUGAUUGUCAAUGUGUUCUUUGGGUCCAUAUUCGCGGGGUCAGCCCUGAACCUUGUCAACAGGUUCAAGGAUCUAGUGGCGAACCCAGGGGAUAUCCCAAUGACUUUCGGGCGGGAAAUCCCAUCAAGGGCCCCCUUCUUUAUCACCUAUAUCAUGAUUGAAGGAUGGGCCGGGUUCCCGUCCGAAGCCCUUCGUGUCUCCACCCUUGUCGUCUUUCACAUCAAGGCCUUGUUGCUGUUCAAGUCAGAAAAGGACAAACUUGAUGCCACCAAACUAGACGCUGUGGACUACCAUGUUGAGAUCCCCCGGCUUAUGCUCUUCUUCUUGCUUGGACUGGUCUACAGCAUCACCUCCCCGUUGCUCAUCCCCUUCUUGCUGACCUAUUUCGCUCUAGGGUACGUCGUCUUCAAGAACCAGAUUAUCAAUGUCUAUGAGUCCGCUUAUGAAAGUCACGGUUCUCUCUGGCCGUACGUGCAUGGUCGCGUCGUCACCGCUCUUGUCGUCAUGCAAAUUAUGCUCAUUGGUGUCUUCAUGCUGAAGGAGAAGUUCAAACUCGUUCCUUUGCUCAUUCCUCUCCCCAUACUGACCGUCUUCUUCACAACGUACUGCACGAAACGCUUCUAUCCGGCAUUCCAAAAGUACUCUAUGCAAGAGGCCAUGAGCAAAGAUACCGUAGAUUCGGUCCGCAACCGGGGACAGGAUGUGAGGAGUUUCCUUACGGAUGCAUACCUGCAUCCCAUGCUGCGGGCGGCCAAGGAAGACUUCGAGGAUAUAGACGUGGAGGACGAGGAGAGUAGUAGAAUGCAGCGCCAGCCGGGUUCCCCGGAAUUAGUAGCUUGUAAGUAUUAUCCCAAGGGGACCUUCACCCCCAGGACGGGGAGCAAAGCCGGCGACACAGACACGCGCAGCGACCAUGGCAAAAACAGCGGAAGCCUCAGAACUGGGAAGUUUAGUGCAAAUGGUGGUGGUCCUGCUGCUGCAAGUGGACUAAUGACUCCAAAAGGGAGUGGAAUUGGAGGUGUAGGUCCGGAUGGGAUUAAGGCCCCGAGGGUGGGUGGUUUGACAGGGGCAGGUGGGGCAACCGUCAGUCCCCGUAGUGCAGCUUGGAGCCCCGUGAUCGGUAAUCGGGGUGCGGUUGGCCCAGGUCCCGAGGGGCCCUAUUUGAAUAACAACUACCGCACGUAGUGCUCGAACCUGACACUGAUUUGAUUUGUUGAUCCUUUCGGGCGUGGACGGACAAACAGGGGCAUGGAGUUUCUGCACAAUUUGUGCAGCACAUGCCGGCUCAUCUCUCCACGCUCGAGAAACAUGCUAGCAGGCCACCCACCUUAUGCACCUAAUGCCUGCCUGCCUGCCUGCCUUCCUCUCUUCACUGAACUGAUCAUGCUCUUGGCUGGUGGAUUAAGCUUGUGUAGUGGGUGGUUGUGAUCAAUGCUAGAAACUAAUACCCCACAACACUGGAAAGUAACCUCUGACACUACAAAUGAAAUGCACUGGACUUG